AUGGACGACUCGCACUCUUCUUCUUCAUCUUCAUCUUCAUCCUCCUACGGCUCCGCCAUCGGACCCCCACAAGCGGGUGUUGUGGGGAGUCGUUCAUCUUCCCAAGGAAUCUCCCCAGCAGUGUCUCGACAGUGGCGAGACCUAUUCUGGUUGCUGAUAUUCAUAGCUCAUUUAGUCGUGGUAGGAUUUGCCCUCUGUGUUUUUGGAUUAAACAGGUUCAGAAAACCAGAUAGGCUGAACAUAGAUAGAUAUACAAUGGGGUUCCUUGAGAAUAGAGCUGGUUUGACCGAAGACUACUGGCCAUUGUAUGCUGUUGCUGGUGGGGUUGGGGCAGUUUUGGGGUGGACUUGGCUAUUGUUACUCGGCUCGCGUGGAAAUCAAAUGAUGAAGUUCUCGGUGCACAUUCUGACUACAUAUCUUGCCGUGAUCAGUGUGCUAUGCUUUUGGACCAAGCAGUUUUUCUGGGGAGUUUCCUUUGCUAUUGGUGCUGCUCUGCAAUUCUUGUAUGUUAUAUCGGUCAUUGACAGGCUUCCAUUCACCAUGCUGGUCCUCCAAAGAGCUGUGAAGAUGGUGUGGAGCCUUCCAGAAGUCACAAGAGUCGCAUGCAUAUUUAUGCUGGUGAUGCUUUCAUGGCUUGCUGUAUGGUCUUUUGGCGUAGCCGGAGUUAUAGCCCUAGGGAUCGGUGAUGGUGGCCGCUGGUGGCUUCUUUUGGUUUUGUCCGUGAGCUUGUUCUGGACGGGUGCCGUUCUCUGUAAUGUUGUCCACGUAAUAGUCUCAGGAAUGGUCUUUCUUGUCCUUAUUCACGGCGGCCGAGAGUCAGAGUCAAUGCCCCCCAAGCCGGUGAUGAGCUCCUUGCGUUAUGCUGUAACCACUUCCUUCGGCAGCAUAUGCUACGGCUCGCUCUUUACGGCCGCUAUACGAACUCUUCGGUGGGAGAUCAGGGGACUGAGGUCAAAGAUUGGCAGCAACGAAUGUCUUCUGUGCUGUGUGGACUUCCUGUUUCACCUUGUUGAGUUUUUAGUUCGAUGGUUCAACAAGUAUGCUUAUGUGCAGAUAGCUGUCUAUGGGAAAAACUUCAAUCACUCGGCAAAAGACGCCUGGGAACUGUUCCAGUCGACGGGUGUCGAGGCUCUCAUAGCUUACGACUGUUCGGGUGCAGUUCUGUUCAUGGGGACGGUUUUGGGUGGGCUCGUGUGCGGGACAUGUGCUGCGGUUUGGACUAGGAUUAGGCAUCCGGACUGUGUUGCAAUGGUCGGGAGUACGGCCAUGUUAAUGGGGAUGAUCUUGGUUGGGCUAGCAAUGGUGGUUGUGGAAAGUGCAGUGACAUCGAUUUACAUCUGUUAUGCUGAAGACCCGGCAUUAAUAAACCGGUGGGACUCGGGUUUCUUUGCACAGAUAUCAGAAAAGCUGCACCAACGCCUGCAGCACAGAAGUGCCCGAGCCAGGGAAGUUUUAAGCAAUAGAGUAGACAAUCAGAUACAAAAUGCCGAUAUUGCUUGA